AUGUCUUGUGCUUUUGAAUCGGCUUGUGCUUAUGGUGUUCGUGUGAAGCACCGUAUUGAUGGUGGGUUGCUGAACAUCCGUCGUUUCGGUGCGAGAACCCUAGUCUGUGAGACAACUAUCCGUAUGUUACUGUUUGCUGACGACUGUGCAUUGUUUGCACACAGCGCGGAUGAGCUGCAGCACAUGACUAGUGCCCUGGCUCCUACAGCCGCCAAAUUCGGGCUCACCAUCAACACAAGCAAAACUGUCUGUCUCUUUCAGCCUUCACCGGAAGUGCAAUCUUCAAUAUUGCCGCGAAUCAGCAUUAGUACUGAAGUAUUGGAAACCACCUCCCGCUUCUGCUACCUUGGGAGUGUGAUGUCGACUGAUCAGCAGCUACACGUUGAGUUGCGUAAUCGCGUGUCGAAGGCGGCAGCGGCAUUCGGGAAGCUAGAGUACCGAGUGUGA